AUGUAAAAAUAUUAUGGAAAAGGAGUUUAUUUAGAGAAUUCAAAAAGAAUCAUUUUUAUAUAUUUAAAUGAGGUUCUUAAGUAUAAUUUUGCCAGAAAUCAAGAAAGAAAACGGAGACUCUUUUAAAAAUAAAGAAAUGAUGUUUAGAAUGUGAAGAAAUUUAACAAUCAAUAAAAGGAACUUCAAAACAAGGAAUGUAAAAUUAUCUAGGGUUGAAGAUGAUUAAUAAUUUCAAAGGGAAGUGGAUGGUGUGUAUUUUAAAGUCUAAGGUUUGAUUAAAUCUAUAAUCUGAAUUUUUUUAGUAUUUAUAAUAUUAAAUGAA